UGCCAUUUUGAAACGGCAGUGCUUUUUGUUCGUGUGGAGCGUUAGCUCGUUGCAGUGUGAAGACUGUGUUUAGCAAAGUUUAGUUUUAAUUUGUAUCAGAACUUAAGCAAAAUGAGCUGGCAAGAUUAUGUUGAUAAACAGUUAAUUGCCUCUAGAUGUGUUACAAAGGCUGCAAUUGCCGGUCACGAUGGAAAUGUUUGGGCGAAGUCAGAAGGUUUCGAUGUAUCAAAAGAUGAAGUAGCAAAGAUAGUGGCCGGUUUCGAGAAUGAAUCGCUCCUCACGAGUGGCGGAGUGACGAUAGCUGGCACGCGGUACAUCUACCUCAGCGGCACCGACCGGAUUAUUCGCGCAAAACUCGGCAAAGUUGGUGUACAUUGCAUGAAGACAGGCCAAGCUAUCGUUGUAUCCCUCUAUCAAGAACCAAUUCAACCCCAGCAAGCUGCGUCCGUAGUGGAGAAGUUAGGAGAAUAUUUAAUUACCUGUGGUUUUUAAAGUAUUCUCUGUCUUUUCAGAUCGCGCCGUUGUUCUAAGAAUACGAUAAGAAUAUUUUUCCACAGGGAAAUAAGUACUUGCAUUUUGUAUAUUCUAUAAAAGUGAUAAGGACCGUUCUUUUAUUUUGAUAUUGAUAAAUAAUGGCGUCAUCGGUGUUCUGAUGCGCUUGGUAACAACUAUAUGCGAUGCAAUUGCUGUGCGGAUUCUGGAAACUUUUAUAACGCUCACCAUUUCCACAGAGUAAUUGCUAUUGUAGUAUAGUUUGUAUUAUCUAUUAUAUUUUAAAUUUUGCUUUUGCCGUGCGGUCUUGAUAGUUGGUUUGGCUAAUCAUUGUGGUCGCAAAGUACGAUGUAUAGAGAUUUUUAUUUUCUUUUCAAGCAUUCUGGCACAGUAUAUAUUAUUGUCACGUCACGCCUAAACCCAAAAUGAAGUAUAUUGGAUUUUUUACAGCUGUAUUUAUGAACUGUGGAUGUCGUCUCGCGAAUUGUUUUUUUUUGCGCGUACAAAUGCUUGAUAAGAAAUUAUUAUAACCACGUAAUGAAAUUACUGUAACAAUAUACAACAUAAUUAUAUAUGUAAUUACAAAUAGGCAUUUGUGUAAGGGCUUGUUAUUAAAUGAAAGACACUGUAACCCAAUUUAAAAUAUUACAUUUUUAAAGGAAAAUGUCUAGUCCCACUGUAACCAUCGUGUGAAAGUAAUGUAACCAACCCGGUACAAUAAUGUAAGUUAUGUGGCUGUGAGUAAUUCCUGGUCGCAGUCACUCGCUUUUGCCGCCAACAAUUUUUCUAAGGUUCAUAUUUGAUUAUUCAACAAUAUUUUGUAAUCCUGUGUAGUUGUGAAGUAAACAUUUGCAUUCUGUUUGUCUUUUGCUGCAGAAACUAGAAGCGCUCAAUUAAUAUUAUUACCCUGUAUCCUCAAAGAAGGCUUGCAGUAAACGAAGGGUGCAUAUUGUUUAUAUUUGAUAUUACUACUAUAGCUUUGUACAUUGUUUCUGAUAAGCGAUGGGAACUGUGUCUAUCUUAUAAUAAAAUGAUUUGUAUUAUA